CCGUCCUUCCGCAUCAAACGAAGGGUGCGUUAUUAUUCAUCUCCCGAAACAUAGCGAGAGAGAAUUUUUUUCCCCCCCAAGAACCUAUGACUACUGCAUUAUGGAUGAUAACGCAUCUGCUAGCAUCGUAGAUGAUCUACCGGUGAUGUCUGAUUCUGAUCCAGCCGCAACUCCUAUUUAUCCUUAUCAAUUUCCGUCGUCUACCCACGUGAUUGUCGGAACGUAUCUGGUGAUUAUUGGUAUACUAGGAAGCAUCGGGAAUGGCAUUGUCCUAGCUAUGUUCUUGCGAUUCAGAGUUCUGGUUACGCCCACCUCUCUGUUGCUGAUAAAUUUAGCAGUUUCAGAUCUUGGACUUAUACUGCUUGGCUUUCCUUUCUCAUCUUCGUCCAGUUUCGCAGGAAGAUGGCUGUUUGGAGAAGGAGGCUGCCAGUGGUACGCUUUCAUGGGCUUCUUGUUUGGUUCUGCUCACAUCGGUACAUUAGCUCUGCUCGCCUUGGACAGGUACCUCAUCGCCUGCCGGAUUAGCUUGAGAGGAAAGUUAACUUACCGACGCUACUGCCAGAUGCUGUCUGCUGUGUGGGGUUAUGCGUUCUUCUGGGCUGCAAUGCCACUACUAGGAUGGGGAAGAUUUGGAUUGGAACCCAGUGUUACUACAUGCACUAUUGACUGGCAACGUAAUGAUAGCAAUUAUAAGUCCUUCAUUCUUGUUUAUUUCGUACUGGGUUUCAUGGUGCCUCUCGUUAUCAUAGCUGUGUGUUACUGCGCAAUAGCGCGUCGGCUGAGACGAAAAUCUGGAACCAAGCAAAGGGGAGUCAUCUACGAUCAAUGGACUAAUGAAAAGACUAUCACAUUAAUGUCCUUCAUCUUAAUCGUUGCAUUCCUAGUGGCCUGGACACCAUACGCUGUAUUAUGCUUGUGGACUAUAUUCGCUCCUCCCCAAACGGUCCCUCCGUUUUUAACUCUGAUACCUCCGCUGUUUGCCAAAGCAUCCACUGUCUUCAAUCCCGUUAUAUAUUAUCUCACCAAUCCACGACUUAGGUCCGGAAUAGCAGCCACUCUACUCUGCUGCAAGGACACUCCUUUUGAAAGUAUUGAGCUGCCUGAUUCUCCAGAAAGGGCUCCUGCAGACAACGACGCCAUAUAAGCCAAAAUCUGCCAAGAAGUAAUCCGUUAUGUUAGAAAAAAAAAAGUGUUUCCAUAUCUUCGAAAGUAUAACUUUCUUCUUUACACUUUUAACCUUCGGGAGUUACCUUUUCCUAUGUGAAAUACUCACAACUUGGUGGUGUGAUAAAAUAUAUGCCAUUAGAUUAACCGCUUGAAGGAGUAAAAGCUCUUCAAGUAUAUGCAGAGUCACGCUAUCAUUCGUAAAGGCUCUGUUUUUAAUCGUUUUCUGUGAAUUUCGUGUUUUCUCUUUAACUUCCUUAUUUUUCUAUAAUGAUACAACUGUUUUGCAUGCAUUUAAUCUGUCAGAAGCUCCUUAUGUGACCGUAACUUCCCUGAAACCUUGACGAUAUUCUAGGACAUAUGAGUAGAGUUCCUAGGUCGCCCUCGAAAUAUUAUCACACACUAAAGCAGAAAGUAAUAAAUACCACCAGGGGAGCGUUCCUAAUAAGAGUUUGAUGUCAUUCUAGCAUUCCUGAACACCUGUUGCCAAGCUACUUUUGAUAAUAAACUGUUAUGUCUGAAGUGUUAUUUGCGACCGAUCAAAGUUUAUCUUUGCGAGCUUAAGAUAAUUUAUCCUGAUUACGUGAUGAGUUUAUAUGUCAAAAGACCUUAUAUUCUAAAAAUAAUAGAGAGAGAAAGGGAAAUAGUCUUUCUCAUCAGGAAUAAAGCUACUGAAAUACAUCACUAUCUUCUUAUUUUCAUCAUAUUUUUUAAGCUUUAAUCAUGACAUAUUGCAAUAGAUUUCUAACAUUCGUAAAUUCGUAUAAAAAGUAUUAGAAUCGUAGAAUUUACAAAAUAACAGCUGGAACAAUAUUGCUCCUGCUGUUCGAAAUAGAAUUUAUAGUUGCUUUCGCGAAGAUGUACGAUUAUAUUAACUGCAAAAAAGUUCUGUAAUGGAAAAAAAAAGAACUUUUCAAAUGAAACAAGCUAAAUAAACUUUACUUGAAAUUUAAAAAGAAUAGCUCUAUUCUCAAUAAUAUCAGAACAGAGCUGCUGUCGAAAGAUUCAAGAUAAACGUCCUUACAUUAAAGCAGCGAGAAAGCCGCAAAGGACUGGCAGCUAUUAAAAAUUUUUCAACGAUUCCGUUUUCCAUAAAUCAAUUCUUUUCAGAAUUCUACGAAUUGUCGGACUACGAAUUGUUAGUUAUUUUUGACUUAGAACGAUACUGUAUGUCAUUUCUUUAGUAAACUAUUAUGGCUUCUUCUCCUUCUCCUCCUUCAAUGUGAAGCCUGGCUUCCUGUAUUGCAUAUUCCACUAUGGCUUUGUUCUAUCAUAAGCCACUAGGACUCAUACUAAAAAACGAAAAUAAGCUUUCGGAGAACUAGAGUUGCAGUUAUGUAAUUGAUAUAAAUGAAGCUUACAUAAAUAUGAGGCGAAAUAAUGAUAAUUAUAAAUCUUUGGUUAUACUUAAAAAUUAUUUUCAUAUCUGGAAUUCUUUUGUUCUACAGUAAACGCAUUUUAUAUAUUAAAAAAAGCACCCUAAAUCCCUUCAACAAUUUUAUCAAUGAUUUUUAAGAAUUUUAACUCAAAUGCGGUUAGUUUUAAAUGAGUACCCAUUUGCCUUAGGAAUUUCAAUAGAUUUUAUAUAUUUCAAAGGACAACUAUUCACUCGUAUAAAUAUAAAGUAAUUUUUUGUUUCUAAAAUUACUUACUUCGGUCUUUUGAGCAUAACUGGAAACGAAAAUAAAAUGUAUUAUGCAGGCUGUUUCACAAAUAAUUGCCCAAAAGAAUGAAUCAACGUUUACAAUAUACUCGACAUGAAAAUUUUGUACAGGUUACAGAGCUUUCGUAAAGCGAAGAAAGCCAGUUGCGCCCUCUUGGAGAAUCGUACCAAGGAUCUCCCAGUUAGUGGCUAGGUAUGAUAAGCUGUAGCACAAGGAGACGCACAAAAAUAGUCCUGUAAUUCUUCCCGUUCACUUCCAUUAAAGAAAAACUGGAAGAGGCAUGAAAACUAGUCGGCCAAAGCCAGACGGUGAUGAGUUCGUCGUCUUUCACGUUCUAUUUUGGACACCACUUUUUAGGUACUAUUAGGUCUUUGAAGCAGGAGACUAAAAAAAUCGGCUGGACACCGAUAAUGGGACCACGAGUCUUCCAUUUCUUAGCUGAAUCUGUUACUACAGCAAAAAGACACAGAGCAAAGGUAUGCUAUAAAUCCUUACACUCCUUACAGCAUGACAUGUGGCCUACAGCUUACUGUAGUACUUGACAAUAAAGCACCAUUCACAAACCACUGCUGGAAGUAUCUGCCUCAAAUAAAUUUGGAAGCAACUUUCCAUACCGUCUUAAAUCCUUCUUAAGAUGUUUUUAUCAAUAGUUCAACGGAAUACUUUCCGUAUUGCUCUCCACGUUUUCUAAAGAGUAAAUCUUUCUUAUGUAGACAUUUCGGAUUUUCUUAUGUAGGCAUUUCGGAUAUUACUGUAAGAAAAAAAAAUGAAAAAAUUGGUAAUUCCAAAUUGGGUGAGCUAAGCGUUCAAAUCUUUUCGACAUUCCUGGGUUUCAAAUUUCUUUAUAUACAUGUGAUCUAUAUAGCAUGCCUCACCUUGUUAAUUUAUCAAUUCUAUGUUUGUUGAGUGUUCCGUAACCUAGGGUAAAACAGAGACACAUACAUCAAUAUUUAGCGCAUAAAAAACUGUAGGAAAUGUGGCCAAUUAUUAGAGUUCAAGAUACACAUCGAAAACCAACUUUUAAAAUAUAUUAUGAACUUAAGUAUAAUUCAUGUGAAUUACUAUAGUUUAGAUUUGGAAGGAAAGGAAUCACUGACAAAAGAUGGAUACUCUUUUAGAUUUUUUGCAUAGCUGUAGUGUGUCUGAUCAUUUUUUCUCUCCGCUGUUAUCCUAAAAUUCAUGUUAUGUUACUUUUAAAGACUGUGCUAAACAAUUAAUGUUUCACGAAAAAUACCCACUCCACAGUAAUAUACGCAGCCAUCUUCUUAUUCAAUGACUCAAUGAAGCAAACCCACAAUAAUUAUCUGGCGGGGAAAACAUCACUACAUAAAUCAGUCAUCACCUUAUCACGAGCAUCAUUAGCAAUACGUUUUUACGAGUCUCAAAACCAUUUGAAAACAUAAAGCUGUGUUUUUAUAAAGAAAGAAUAUUUAAAAAAAGAAAAAGAACGAAACGACUAUCCUGUGAAAUAUUCUGCAUUAUUUUAUUUCCUGAAAAUCAUUUCAUUCUGAAGAGGUGAAAGAGUAAAAUAUAUUAAAACGUGGUUCUAAUAGAAUACAGAUUUCUUUUUAAGUAGGUAAUAGUGUAGAUAUAAAGUAUAAUUUUAAAUGAAGAUAGAAUACCUACAUCCUUUUUCUAUUUCACUCUACCAAAUUCAAUUAUUCAACAUUGCAACUGGCAUUGUUCUUUCUAACUUGUGCAGUAUGUUAAACUAACAUGUGCAGUAUGGAUGAUUUAAUCGUGCGAUGUCUAUAUCUUUAAAACUUCUAUUAAAUAUGCGUUUUAUUCUAUUCAUUUCAAGAAUUCUGCUAGACUCUAAAACUGAAAUUUAAUAGAAAUAUUUUCAAAUCUUAAAUUUUCUAACUCUGACCUAACUAUAUUGAAAAGAAUAAACUCUAGUCUCCGAACCAUAAUAAAAGCUUAUUUUUGUGAAGAUAAGAAUUGUAGUAGUGAAUAUAUAGAAUUUAUUUAUUAGUUAUCCUCCAAUGUUAUCGUAUUUUUCCUCUAAUAGAGAAACAAUCAAAGGAUAAUUCUUUUCCACUUCAUAUCAGUUAAUGCUUAGUAUUUUACUUAAAAAAUGGAGCAAUUUGAGAGAAAUGAUAUUUUAGUUUCAUUAUACCAUUUAUCUUUUAAAAUUAAAUGAUGUAAAUUGUAAAUGAUUUAAAUUGUAAAUGAUGGCAGGAAUUUUUUACAUAAACUAAAGAUAAAAUAAAAUCCACAGUUCAGCUAAAUCCGGAUGUUCGAAUGAAAUAAAAUGAUCGUGAUAUGAUAUUAAAGAUUUCAUCAUUAAAUGUUUGACUUUAUUAACUACUUAUUUCAUAAAAAUAUUUUGCUAAAAUUCCUUACAUUUUGUCACAUCACUUAAAUUUUUGUCAUCAUUUACAAAUUUGCAAACUUUGUUACUUGGCUCUCUUCCCUAAACAGCUUUAAUUUAUUUUGCUUAAAAUACAAUAAGAAAUAAUAUUAAAAUAUUUUAAUAGGUAAUGAGUACCAUUGUUUUAAGAAGCGGGCUAAUUUAAAAUUAGAAAUUAACAUUUAGCUGACAUGAAAGGAAUCGAAUUAUGAAUGCUCUGUUGUCCAAUAUCUGUUCAUAGUUUAUUCCGAAAGUAAACUAAGUGCAAAAUUUAUAAUAUAUGCAUUCGUCCAAAUAAAAUGAAAACUUUGUGUAUUCAUUUAGCAAAAGAGCAAACAUGAGUACAAAGUAAGAGCUGUUCAUUAACUCAUUUAGAUGAAGAAGUCCAUCCUUUAAAUAUUGCUUAUGCCUCUUUUAUUGGAGAAUUCAGUGAAAUGUUGUUUGAAUCUAGUUCUCUAGAAUAGAAAACUUAUGACAGGAUUUGCGAUUUUAAGCUUAACUGAUAAUUUUUUGAAAUGUUCUUCUUAGAUACGUAAUAAGCUCUUACUUCAUUAACAUUGUUCGUACUCUUAUUCUUUUAGCUUGGAAUUUUAUUGAGAGUUGACUUUACUUCAGUUCUUUAGCUUUUUUUUAUAUUAAACAAAAUUUGAUUAUAAAGUUUGAUAGAACUUAAAAUCAUGUAUUGAGAAAAGUGUAUUGAGCCAAAAAAAGAGCUAUAUAUUUACCUUAAAUUUUGUAUUGUAUGCAUUUUAUCUUCAGUAAAAAUAAAGAGCUUUAAAAUAUUUUUUUAGUGUUUAAAUGUCUAUCAACGUGCUUUUUAUAACUCAUGCCAGUAUUUUUAAAUGAUUGUUAGCAAUAAAAUUUAGUUAUUUUCUUUCAUUUUAAGUUAGAUUUAUUAGCCAUGCCGUUAAUAUAUUUUAGAGAUAUACGUCAGAUAUACAAUAAGUUUGGAAUGAGUAUGCAAGGAAAUAUAAAAUGAUGAAGUCUGUUAUUUGUUACAUGCGCGUAAAAUGAGCCUGUGUUUAGACUCAAAAAGGAAUGGUAGAAAGAACUUAUAUCGACUGUGAUUGAAACCAUUUAGUGAUAUUGGAAAUAAAGUAAUACUUUUAAGAAUUAUAAAUAUCAGAUUAAAAUUGUAAUUAAAAAGAAACUACUGAUUUAUUAAGUAUUCAAAAUUAUUAAUUAAAUAAUUAAAAUUAAACUAAUAUUCAGAGUUGCUGUCUCCGCUUUAUAUUACAAAACAUAACUCGAAAUAAGCUUCGAAAUUUCUAAACAUUGGUAUAAAAAUACAAAACAUCAUUUAUUUGUGUUAAUUAUCAAUUGAUUCUGUGUGAUGUUGUUACAUAUAAAAUAAGUGCAUCCAAGUAACUAAUAUUACGAGAAAAAUUAGUAUUUUGUUGAAAAAUUAACGUAAUAUUAUUUCCAAACAGAUAAAAUUCAUGUAGAAGUUUUCUUACUGAAAGAACAUUUUCAUUCUGUGUUCGUUGUUUUCCGCUUUUUUAAGUCAGUAUUUUUCCAGUGGUAUUCAGCAGAAUCUUGAGGUUCCAUGUGGUGAUAUUCAGGCUCCCUUUGGUAAUACUGAGGAUCACCGAAAAGUUAUAAAAUAAUAUAUUAUAUACUUAAAACAUUUCGCACAUAUAAUAUAUAUAUAUGUGUGUGUGUGUAUGUGUGAAGGCUAUAACUUCCGUAUUAAAUUACUUUGUAAUUAUAUCCGAGAAUCUAUUCCUGCCCCUUAUAAAGAUUGAUCGUUACAUCAACUACAACAUUUAUCUACCUAAAUAUUAAGAAAUUAUUUCCAAGCUGGAUUAGAGUGAUGGACAAUUUCUGCAACAAGGCCACUCCAUCGGUGUUGCGAAUUUCCUGUUCGCUGGAUUUCUUAGUCAUGAGUUUUCAUAAAGGGAUUUGAAUGACUGGCUUCUAACUGAAAAUUUAUCAACUCAUCUUCUUUAACAGCAUUUGUAAUACUGCAAAGAUACACGGCGAGAAUGCAGAAAAAUGUAUUGAAUUCAGAAAUAAUCAGACAAAACCAAUGAUCGGAAAAACGGCAGACGCUUUGAUAUGACGCUGUGACAGCAAAACCUGCCCAUUAAAAAUAAAGCUUUGUGUUCUUCUCAAAUUCAUUAGUAGCUGAAUAUUUCUGUCAUAUUUCAAAUGGUGCUAAUUGAAGAAAUCCAAAUUAUUGUUGUUAUCAUGUUGUUUGUUGUAGUUACCAUUAUUCAAAAUUAUAAAUGAAUAUAUGUGUAAUUACCCAUUUUGUUUUGCAUACAAAUAUCCAAUGGCUAUCCAAAAGUAAAAUCUUUAAGAAAGAUAAAAAUAAAAAUAUGUAAAAAUAGUUUGCAUGUUUCGUGAGUCAAUUUCGAUUAUGUGACAGAUUAAUGAAUAUUUAACGCUUAUAUUCACAAAAUUAUGACUGAAACACAAAAUUAUAACUGAAUAUGUUGUUCGCAUAUUCACAAAAUUAAAUGAAAUAUGUUUAUCAUAGGAAAAAAGUAAACAUUUUUCAUGAAGAGAGAAGAAUUUUCACUUCGUCGUAAGCUAUUAUUUCAGAUGACAAUAGUGGAGCAAAAUAAUUUAGAUUCUUUUAUAACCUUUCAGGAUUUUCUUCGUUUAAUAAAUUUCUUAUUUCUUCACUAUACUCAAAGAAAUAAUACGCAGCGGCUCUGUCGAUUAUUUUCAGGAUUUACCACACGUCUAUUAAUCAAGGGUUCAACUGUCAGUCACAAGAAAUAAAAGGAAUAAUUUUUCAACGAAGAUUAUUAAAAAUCUGAUUGAUAUUAAUUCUCUCAAUAAAGUAACGCAAAAAGUUUAAAAUUUUUUUCCUAUUGCUACUUCUCCAAAGAAAAAUACAACUUUCAGUUCAAAGUACGUGACUUUAAAAGAUUUAAUUAAGAAAUUUUUCCGUUUGAGAGGCAAUAAUCUUUUUAUGAUAAGUUAAAAGUAUUUCAAUGAUUAAAGUGGUUCUGAAGAAUAUGUAAAGAUUCCGUCUCUGAAUUUAAUAGGAAAAUGCUGCCAUAAUUCUGCACUUAAAAAGAGUAUUACUUCUAUUUUUUAACUAAUGGUGUUUGAAUAUUCUGCUACGUUUUCGUAAAUGUAGCUGCCAUUUUUUAUGUUAUUUUUUACCAUUGUCUUGGAAAAUAAAUUAUUCCAAAAGAGCUGUUCUACUUUUCAGAACUGAUUUAAUAUACUCCGUAUCACAUGUGAAUACCUUUAACAAACCGAUGUAUUUUAAACUAUUUGUUUUAUGCGUAUUAUAAAAAAUAUAUAAAUUAAAAUCAUUUUAUUUUAAUAGGGGGGAAUUUCUACAUGAUUAAUUAUGAAAUUUAAAUGCAGUUAAAAAGAAGAAGGCAUAAGGUUCAAUUAUUUUCAGUCCUGUUCAUAUUUGAAUAUUAGCCUGACUCUGAAUCCAUUUGAAACUCAUGCUUUAAAUUAAUAAACAUUACUAUGUAAGAUUUAAAAAUAGUUAAUUUCAAGAAUAUGUGUAGGCUUUUGUUAAUUUACGACUGAUUGAAAGCAAUUAAUUAUAAAGUACUAUAAUUUUUCAUAUUUCGUACAGUUAUAAUUUGUAACAAAAUCUAUAGAUUUUUAUGGCAGUAUAUAACUUAUCGUUAGUAGAGAAUAUUCUCCAUUAUUUCACUCGAGUGCUGGCUCUCCUAAAUUUUCAUAAAGACUUCAGAUCAAAUUCAAGUCAACAAUAUAGGCUCCAAAAACUGUGUUGGAAUAUAGACAGUAGAUAUAAAAUAGCAAAAAAUACUCGUAUCAUAAAGUUGAAUUUGAAGUGUCUGUUGGCUAAACUAAAAGAAGAAAAAAUUGAACGGCUUUUUCCCAAAAAUUUGUGUUUCAAGUACAAGCAAUGUAUGCUACUCGAAAAUGUGUGUUUCAAGGACAAGCAAUGUAAUACAUUAAAAGAAAAUUUUCUUUAAUAAUUCUUUAAUAAAUUCCUAACAGAAUCAACUAAAAUUUUCAGAGACAGUAAUAUUUCUAGAAACACAAAUAUUUGCAAUAUAAAAUAUUUUUCUUAUAUUUCUCGCCAUAUAAGAACUUCCUGUAUACAUACUUUUUAACAAACACUAGUUUUUUUCCUUUCACAAAUUCAACUGAACACAAACAGUUGUAAAAGCUAUUUUAUAUUUUUAUAGCACUAGGAUAAAAUUCAUAGCUAUUAGAUUAAUACAUAUGCAUAACCCUGAAAAAUUUUCGUCAGAUUUAGAACAUAUAAAAAGACUCAUGCUUUUAUACAUAAAAAAAGCGUUUAAAAUUCAUUGUAAGAAAAUAGGCUUCCAGAUGUUCAGUAAAUCUCCAAGAGUUCAAGCAUCAAACAUAAUUUUGCUUACAUUUACAAUGAAUAAAAACACUUUCUUAAAGCAUACUACUCCCGUACUUAUGAUAAGCUGCAAUGCGUAACAAAUUAGCUUUUGAUGUAUUUUGAAAUUUAGAACAAUUUAGUUUUUUUUUACUCCUAAAAUAUCUAUGAAGCUACUUUUUUGCUCUGAAUUUACUUGGAUGCGAGCUUUUUAUUUUUUAUUACUUUUAUCUUUUUUUAUGUAUAUUAUCUAUUUUGUAAAAAUGUCGUAAUAAGUAUACGUAUCUUUAGUGUUAAAAUAUAAUGAAUAUUUAGAGAUAAAUAUAUUUGCAUAUAUUGAUGUUGUAUUUAAAACCAACUCUAUUAUCAAAUUUUUGGUGGUGGUGUAAUAAAGAAAUUU